GAGAGGAGAGCUGCUCUAAAUCCUGAAGAACUUGAAUUGAGAAGCAGAAGAUAAGUUUGGGAUUGAUAAAGUGAGAAUAGAUAUGAUGUGCAGGGCAGUUCUGCACAUGCUGAUCCUGCUGACAUCCCACUGUCAAUCUUCUGUUGAGAAUGAUGCUGGGGUUACAGCUUCCUGUUCACAGGACCAGAGGACAUUUCGAGGUUCAUGCUUUGAGUUUGUAGUUCAGCAGCUCUCUUUUCACAGAGCUCAAGAUUGGUGUGAGAAGAGUGGUGGACAUCUCGCAUACAUCCCAGAUAUAGAAACUCAAAAUUUCCUUGAGAGACACAUGGACUCUGAAAAAGACCUGUGGCUUGGACUGACACCAACCUGCUCCCUAAAAUGGUCUGUAAAUGCUGCAGCUCCUUCUUUCUCUUGGCUCGAUGGUUCACCUCUCACCUUUUCAAAAUGGGUGAGAAGCCCACAGCCUGGCACAACUUGUGGACACAUACUGAGACGCUCAGGCUUUCGGUGGGAAGCCACAGAAGACUGCAACCAAAACAUGCAUUUCAUCUGUCAGUUUGAACCUGGAAGAAGAAUUGUAUGUUUGGGUCACAACACCACUCUGCAGUGCGGCUCUGGUCAAGCAUUAAUGAUAGACGGGGCUCUCUUUGGUCGGGGCAACAUUCAUUAUUGUCGUCCCAGGUUCUCCACACCAACCUUCACAGAGCAUAGGUGCAGCUGGGUGGAUGUCGCAGCCUCCAUUAAAGAUCAAUGUCAAGAGCGUCAAUUCUGCAGGAUCAGUGAAGUUAUGAGCUCAUUUGAUGACCUCUGUCCUGAUCUAAAGAGCUACCUGACUGUGGACUACCACUGCAGAGAAGUGAUCACAUUGUCACUUCCUGUUGUCGCUGCUGUUUAUGAGGACAUCAAAAUUAAAUGGCAUGUAUUAUCACCAAGGGGAAACUGCAAGUUAAAGACUGGAGAUGGACACAUAUAUCAUCUGCAUAAUCAGUUGAAGAGCAGCCUCGUGCAUAAAUACACUCAUCCAAGUGCAUUUGUUGUGGAGCUUGAAUGCACUGACAGUGAAAUACACAUUAUGGCCCAAGAGAUAAUUACAGUUGAAGAGCCUGUUGCAGAGAUUGGUGCCAUCAAAUGCUUUGUUGGAAAUUUGUCUUUUCAUGAAACUGACUGCAGAGCCCUGUAUGGAGGAGCAUUUCAAAUUCAAAUAAAAGUCAAAGCAGGAACAAACGUGGCCUACAGAAUACAAAACAAUGAUAAGCUGCUGGCUGAUUUGCAUGUUGUACAAGGAAAUGUUCCCCAGAACAUCACACUGAGUCCUGAGGCAGUGAAGCAGCUUGGCCCUGGCUGCCACAAGCUGAAGCUUUUUGCAUCGAACUUGGUGACUUUUCCAGACGUUUCUACAAACCUUCAGGUUUGUGUUUUAGAGAAACUAGCUGGACUUCAGGCCACCUUGCUGAACGAGGCGAAAGAUUGCUUUGGCUCUACAUGCAUUACUCUUGGAGUUUCUCUUAACCGCGGUGAGCCUGCUCUGCUCUUCUUCUCACUGACUGGAAAAAAUGGGACGUUUUCGGAAACUAAAGAAAUGAAAAGAAGGAGAGAAGUUUUUCAGUUCGGUUACCCACUUGAAGGAAAUGUACAGAUGAAGAUUAAAGCAUGUAAUGCCUUUUCCUGCCUUGAAGAGGAAAUGUUUGGCUCUUGUGAUGAGAACUUGAUAGUGAAGCUAAAGAGUCCUUUUGAGCAUUCAUUACGCCUUACCAAGAAUAUGAUAAACAAGCACGCAAGGGUUGUGAGAUCUCCGGCUAAAAUCUCUGCAGAUCCUUCAAAUUCAGCAAAUCGGCCAGAUGCAACUAUUACUCUGUCGGUUGAGGAAAAAGGGGAUAUGAAACAAGCCGAUGAAUAUCGGUGGAGCUGCAGAGAUAAUUGUAAAUGUGAAGCUGAGUCAACAGAACUUGAACAAACCAUUCAAGGAAACUGUCUGCCAGAUCCUUUUCACUUUGACAGUUAUUCGUUUGAGUAUAGAAAAAACAAUGAUAACUGGAAAGGGACAUCCACAUGCAUCACCCUCAAACCAACCUCAGAUGAAUCGAAUCAAGUCAGUAUCAGCUGCAUUGAGAACUGUGACCCAAUCAACACAUCCAUGGACACAAAAGUAAAAAUGGAGUGCAGUUCGUGUUCGGAUAUUGUGUGGUACAUUGAGGAAAUAACAGGCCACGAGCCAGAGGGUCCUACAAGGGAUUGCUACAGAGAAGCAAAUCAAAAACCACUCCGUAACAAACAGGAACAAAAUCCUGAAUAUGCUAUUCCCCAAAGUGAUAUUCACUAUGCAUCAGACAAAAGAAAGGAUAUAACUGUUGUAUUAAUUUAUUCAUUGAAUAAUAACUUACGUUAUAAAAAGUACAUCCUAGACCCAACUCCAUCGUCUGAGUCUGCGGCAGCUACAUCUGCUGCUGGAGGGUCAGCUACGUCUGCUGCUGGAGCGGCAGCUACGUCUGCGGCAGCUACAUCUGCUGCCGGAGGGUCAGCUACGUCUGCUGCUGGAGCGGCAGCUACGUCUGCGGCAGCUACAUCUGCUGCCGGAGGGUCAGCUACGUCUGCUGCUGGAGCGGCAGCUACGUCUGCGGCAGCUACAUCUGCUGCCGGAGGGUCAGCUACGUCUGCUGCUGGAGCGGCAGCUACGUCUGCGGCAGCUACAUCUGCUGCCGGAGGGUCAGCUACCACUGCUGCCGGAGCGGCAGCUACGUCUGCUGCCGGAGCGGCAGCUUCGUCUGCGGCAGCUACGUCUGCUGCCACAGCGGCAGCUAUAUCUUCUGUGAUACCAUCGACUUCAGCCUUAACCUCAGUGAAUGAUCUGGAUUCUGAAGUACAGGAGGCUGUGGAAAAGAUAAAGAAUGAAGGUCUAUCAGGAGACACUAUUGGAAAAAUGUUAAAUUCUGUGUGUGAAAAGCUUAACAGCCAAACUGAUGAAUCAGAAAAAGAAGAUCGAAAAGAGCUGAGAGAGAAGAUGAUUGAUUUGCUGAUUGAUACAAUAGAGGAAUCUCCUUUAAAAAUUCCAGAAGAGGCUCACGUGGUAGCCAGAGUGCUUAUCUGUCUUAUCCAGAAAGGCGAUGAACUCAGUUUAUCUGCACAGAUUGAUGCUGCUGCAUUGUUUGCUAACAUCAGCCAAUCUCUCCUGGAUAUGAAUGUGAGCACAGCUGAAGACAAGGAAGCAUUUCUCUCUGCAGCAACGGCCAUAGUGGAAGGAGCAAGCAAGAUGUUUGAGUAUUCUUCCAGCAAAAACAUCUCUGAUGCUCUGCUUAAUGCUCUCAACUUUACACAAAGUGGUUUGUUGAAAACAAUGAAGAUUAACGAAGACCCGAUUAUAAUACAACAACCUCACAUUAAUCUACUAGUUAAAAGAGUGACACAUGAAAGUUUACACACAGAGCCCAUAAGUGCCAACUCCAGUUCUCAGCCCUCAUUUUCUCUGCCUCAACUGGCUUCUGACAUGUUUCCCUCAGAGGAACCAGUGGAUGUUCGAAUGCUGAGUUUAGAUAUAAACCCCUUUUCUUGGAACGAGAAAGGAAACAUCAGUGGCCUAAUAGGUGGUCUGUCCCUCACAAGACAAGAUGGAUCCGGUAUCCCUGUGGAGAACUUAAGUGAAGAUAUUGAGAUUCUUCUGCCAAGACCUUCUGCUGAACAAGUUAACUCCUCUGUUUUGGAUCUUGGUAACUACAGCACAGCAGCCAUUGAGGUUCCUUCAAAUGACUAUACUCUUCUUUUAAAGAUGGUGCCUUCAGAAGAUCCUCUACCCUUUAAACUUUUCCUUGGUUACAUGGAUUAUCCCACUGACACCAAUUAUGUAGCAAUGACCGAGAUGCCUCUUCCAGGAACAACUGAAGAAGAAAGAUAUACAUGGCUACUUAGCCCUACAACUUUUCAGGGAAACACUGGGUUACAUUAUCUGGUGGUUAAACCAAUUGUUGGUCCAGGUAUAAAAUCUAUCAAUGCCACAUUAUCUAUUACCCCCAUCACAUCCUCAUGCAAAUUUUGGAAUGAAACUCUGUUGGACUGGGAGGAUUCUGGCUGCAGAGUAAGGAUAAUCAUUUAUUAUAAAGAGACAGCUUUUAGCAUUCUUUAUGAUAGUAAAAAUUGUUUGUUCUUCAAGGUUGGUGUGAAGACCACAAAUUUAGUCACCCAGUGUCUCUGCAAUCACCUCACAUUUUUUGGGAGCUCUUUUUUUGUGACUCCGAAUCUUGUCGAUCCUUCACGCACUGCUGAGCUUUUUGCAACCUUUGCUGAGAAUCCCGUGGUCGUGUGCUUUGUCGGGGCUCUGUUUGCGACCUACCUCCUUGCGGUUGUGUUGGCACGAAGAAAAGACAUUAAAGACACAGUCAAGGUGAAGGGAACAGUUCUUGAGGACAACGACCCUACGGAUACUUACCGCUAUCUGUUGUGUGUUUGCACUGGGCAUCGAAUGGGAGCCUCCACAUCUUCUCAGGUUAUAGUCACUCUCCUUGGCGCAGACGGAAACAGUAAGCCUCACCACCUGACUGAUCCAAAGAAGCCUGUGUUUGAAAGGGGAGCAGUGGAUUUGUUCCUGCUGACUACACCCUCCUGUUUGGGUGAGCUGCAGGGCAUCAGACUGUGGCACAACAAUUCUGGGAGUCAUCCUGCUUGGUUUGUUGGCAACAUCCUGGUUCAGGAUUUACAGACAGAAGAGAAAUGGUACUUUCUAUGCAAUUCCUGGCUUGCAAUAGACAUGGGUGAUUGCUGUCUAGAUAAACUCUUCCCUGUUUCCACGGAGAUGGACCUGAAGAAAUUCAGUAAUUUGUUCUUCAUGAAAACGGCAAAGGAUUUUAGUGAUGGUCACCUUUGGUACUCUGUGAUCAGUCGACCACCAAGCAGCACCUUCACCUGUGUACAAAGAGUGUCCUGCUGUUUCUCCCUGCUGCUCUGCACCAUGUUGACCAGCAUCAUGUUUUACGGAAUCCCAACAGACCCCUCCGACCAGGUCAUGGAUUUGGGUCACUUUGAGUUCACCUGGCAGCAGUUCAUGAUUGGGGUCCAGAGUUCCCUCAUCAUGUUUCCCAUAAAUAUCCUCAUAGUCAGCGUCUUCAGAAACACUCGUCCUCGAGAGACUCGCCUCCAGAAAAAGAGUGGUGUCCACACGGUUUCUCUGCAAGUGACAAGCACCAACAGCAACGAUGAAAGCUCCACUAUGGACAUCCUCAUAAAAGAUAUUGCAAGAAUCCUUCAAUCACUCUCUGAGACAACCAAAUACACAGACCCAUCCAACAAGUCUGGUCCCGGAAAAGAAAGUGACAUUAAUACUGUUCUUGCAGAGGUGGAAGAAUUACUCAAACAGAAUACCAAAUGCAGCAAUGACACCAAGACAGUGACACCGUCUCAACUAUCUGCUGACGACAUUCAAAAGAAGAGCAACAAAACCCAGCAUCUGUACAGACAAAUAUGUCACCUUGAAGAGCAGCUGAGUGUGGAAGCCCCGUCCAGCUUCUCUAGUCCAUACAGUUUGGAUAAGGCUCAGCACCAGAUCCAGGGGGUGAAGAGCCUCCUUGAACAACAGCUUUUCACAUCCAGCCAUGUGGAUCAAAAUGAACCCAUACAUGAGAAGUCUAAUCCUGAGCAUGGCAUAUCAAGUGAUGGCGGUCAGAAAAAAAAGCAGCAGCGUAAGGGUUUGCUACCCUGGUGGUUUAUCUUUGUUGGCUGGCUGCUGAUAAUUGGAACCAGUUUUGUAUCAGGAUAUUUCACAAUGCUGUAUGGACUUAAAUUUGGGAAGGAGCGUUCCAUCAGCUGGUUGGUAUCCAUGGUUGUGUCCUUCUUUCAAAGUCUUCUCUUUAUUCAGCCACUGAAGGUAAUAUGCUUUGCAGUUUUUUUUGCACUUGUAAUAAAAAAAGUUGAUGAAGAAGAUUUUCAAAAUGUGGCAUUUGAAAGAAGUGAAAGAAAAUCUGGUAAUCAACAAACAAACCAGUGGGGUUACCAGCUCUACGAUCCACCUCCUCCUGCAGACAUUGAGAGAAUGAAGAGGAACAAGAUCAUGGAACAGAAGGCAUUUGCUUUGCUUACUGAAAUUUUUGUUUACAUAGGUUUCAUGUGGAUGCUACUGCUGGUGGCCUACGGUCAGAAAGAUGGCAAUGCUUUUUUGCUGAAACGACACAUUAGAAAUAGCUUCAGUAAAGGUGUCCAGAACAGCAUGACUCUCCAGGAUGUGUUUACAUGGGCUAACACCACUUUACUGAAAAACCUUUUUGGGUCGUACCCAGGAUUUAUCACAGAUGGAAACUCCAAGCUCGUAGGAAAUGCCCGUCUUCGUCAAUUAAGAGUUCAGCAGAACUCGUGUCAGAUUGCAAGUCUCAUGAUUGGAUUAGUGCCAGACUGUGAUGCCCUAUAUUCAUCUGAGAUAGAGGAUGUGGGGUCUUACGGAUCUGCCUGGAAUCACUCUGUUAAGGAUAAUAUUUCAACAAGUGCCUUGUCUCAAUGGAUGUACCAGACUGAAGCCCAGCUCAGGGCUAGACCUUUCUGGGGGAGACUGGUGCUCUAUAGAGGAGGGGGCUUUGUGGCUGAGCUUGGCCCAAUGUUUCAAAAUGCCAGCAGAACGCUUGAGUAUCUUUUCCGCAAUAAAUGGCUUGAUAAGUACACAAGGGCAAUCUUUGUUGAGUUCACCGUUUACAAUGCAAAUGUAAACCUCUUCUGCAUCAUCACACUCUUGAUGGAGACCUCAGCAGUUGGAGCAUUUCAGUUCUACACUGAUCUGCAGACUAUUCGUCUCUACCCGUCAACAGGGGGACUUUACCUCUUUGUUAUGGCUGCUGAGAUAAUUUACAUGCUUUUCAUUCUCUAUUAUAUGUUCAAGCAGGCCAAAUUAUUGAAGCAACAGCGGUGGGUUUAUUUCAAGAACAAGUGGAACCUUCUGGAGCUGAGUAUCAUCCUGCUAAGCUGGAGUGCUGUGGGAGUGUUCAUUCAAAGGACCUUGCUCGGAAACCGUGAUUUGACUUACUACCAAAACCACAAAGACCAAUUUGCCAGUUUUUAUGAGACAGCUAUAGCUGAUUCAACGCUUCAGUAUCUGAUUGCCUUCAUUGUCCUUCUAUCCACUGUCAAACUGUGGCACCUUCUCCGACUAAACCCCAAGAUGAACCUGAUCACGGCUGCCCUGCGUCGAGCAUGGAAUGACAUAUCAAGUUUUCUACUGAUCAUUGUGAUCGCGUUAGUGGCAUAUUCAGUUGCAAGCAAUGUGAUUUAUGGCUGGAAGAUUUCAUCCUACAGAACCUUUAUAGAUUCUCUUUUGACCAUCAUCAGGCUGCAGAUCGGCAUAUUUAACUAUAAUGAGAUUUUGGAGAGUCACCCUGUGCUUGGAGGAUUGCUGUUCGGUUCCUGCAUUGUCCUAAUGACUUUUGUGAUUCUAAAUCUCUUCGUUUCAGUUAUUCUUGUAUCGUUUAACAUGAAGCAAAUAAACCAUAAGCCUUCUGAAGAUGAAGAGAUUGUUGACCUCCUUCUGACCAAACUCUGCAAUUUAUUUGGCUUCAAAUAUCAAAAUGGAAAAGACCCCACGGAUCCUGAUGAUGAGAGGAGCAGCAACCUGACAAUUAAUAAAAACAAGGAUACUCUUAUCAACUCCUGAGCUGAUGCCAGCAUUUAUUAAAGGUGUGACAACUAAAAAAAACAUGAAUAUAUUUUAAUUUGAAUAGUUUUCAAUUUAAGGCAAUUGUGCAAUGAUAUGCAUGUUGUAAAAAGUAAUUUCUCUUUUGGUUUUAAUUUUUUGUUUAUUUUGAAUGAGUCAUUUUUUUGGUUUUAGGCAUAUGUUUUAAUAUAUAUAUGUAUAGAUAGAUUUGACACUGAGUAUGCUAUCUUAUUAGCCUAUUGUCUUUAACAUUUUGUCUUUUCUGCUUCUUGACUGUUUUGUAGAGUUUUAUGUAAUUCAUUGGGUUUUUGCUAUAAAAUAGCAACAACUGGAUAGUCUUUUGAAAAGUGUUUGAUAAAGUCUGAACCGGUUGUUAAUAAUACUGCUGCCAUUUCCCCCACACUGAAGCCUGAAUACAUUUUAAAUGACAUCUCAGUCUAUAAACAAUGUUUUAGCCAGUAUAGCAGCUGCUUUGUGUCAAGCUCGAAUGACCUUAUCUCUGUUAGUUUUCCAUCUAUUGUGUUGAAUUUAGAAUUAUUCCUUCAUCUCAUAGUAAUUACUGUUUUUGUUGUUUUUGGAAGAACAUCCAGGAACUUGUGCAUUAAAUCAAACUUUCUUGCAUCUUUCUUGCCGUUUUUCUGUGCAAAUAAAGACGAAAAUCUUA